CCUGUUCUUUAGCUGCCGUGUCGUGGGGAUUGCAGAUAUUUAGCCACUCGUGCUCUCUCGCGCACUCUUUCAUUCACUUGAAUUCUUUGCUUAAUUGCACACACACAUUCAAACCUGAGUGUGCAUUCACACACACCCCCAUACACACAGAGGGCUGCGUGCUGUCGCUGUGCUAGUAUGGCAAGGUGCUGCUGUGCUGUGGCAUGUGUAUGAGUUCGGGAUCCAUGUGUGUUGAUGCCCUUGCAGUCUUUGACAGACAGACUUUGAGUUGAUGCCUGGUGCCUCUGACAGGCUGAGGGACAAACACUAGAAGGCCUGACCAGGGGCCCUCCAUGCCAUGGAAGAAUGCAAGCAAAUCAUGGCACGUCAGAAGUCUAACAGCCAGUCAGAUUCUCAUGAUGAUGAAGUUUCUCCCCCACCGCCAAACCCAGUUGUCAAGACCCGGCGCCGCAGAGGAGGGGUCAGUGCCGAGGUCUACACCGAAGAGGAUGCUGUCAGCUACGUUCGCAAGGUGAUCCCAAAGGACUACAAGACCAUGACUGCCUUGGCCAAAGCCAUCUCCAAGAAUGUGCUGUUUGCUCACCUGGACGACAAUGAGAGAAGUGACAUAUUUGAUGCCAUGUUCCCCGUCACUCACAUCGCAGGAGAAACAGUCAUCCAGCAAGGCGAUGAAGGAGACAACUUCUAUGUUAUUGACCAAGGCGAAGUGGACGUGUAUGUGAACGGCGAGUGGGUGACCAGUAUUGGAGAAGGGGGCAGUUUUGGAGAGCUGGCCCUGAUCUACGGAACUCCCAGAGCUGCCACUGUCAAGGCCAAGACUGACCUCAAGCUGUGGGGCAUCGACCGAGACAGCUACCGACGUAUCCUCAUGGGUAGCACCCUGCGGAAGAGAAAGAUGUAUGAAGAGUUCCUGAGCAAGGUCUCCAUCCUUGAGUCCUUGGACAAGUGGGAACGUCUGACUGUAGCCGAUUCUCUGGAACCAGUGCAGUUUGAGGACGGAGAGAAAAUAGUUGUGCAAGGAGAUCCUGGUGAUGACUUCUUCAUUAUCACAGAGGGAAUAGCCUCUGUUCUACAGCGCCGGUCUGACAAUGAGGAGUACGUGGAGGUUGGACGCCUCGGACCCUCAGACUACUUUGGUGAAAUUGCCCUGCUGUUGAACCGUCCCAGGGCAGCCACCGUAGUCGCCCGCGGCCCCCUCAAGUGUGUGAAGCUGGAUAGGCCCCGCUUCGAGCGUGUGCUGGGGCCGUGCUCAGAGAUCCUCAAGAGAAACAUCCAGAGAUACAACAGCUUCAUCUCCCUCACCGUGUGACAGCUCGGCCCCCGUGGGCCCCACCAGCAGGGGAGGGCGACGUCAGCAUCAGAGUUUUGGUCGCUGGGUGGGACGGGUUGAGGAUGUGGGGUAAAGGACAAGGGUUUUACUUCUACAAAAACAGGGCACACAUUUCCUACCUUUUUUCCAUUUUGCGCGUUUCUUUCUUUCGAUCUUGUGCACUUUGACUCGACCUGUGCUGUCACGUAGCUUUAUGUCAACAACAACAACAACAUGCAGGAGUGUGAAAAUCUGAGCGGGGACGGAGACCAUUCAACUGAUAAUGUUCAAGAAGGGAGUCAGUACAGCGUGUCGACUGUAUAUGAAGCAUGCUUCUAGGAUGACAACGACUGGCGUUUGCACUGGUGUGAAUUUAUGAAGGUUAUUGGAUGAAAUCAGGAAAUAAGAAGGAAGUUGAAGUCAUGUUUGCGUACGGCAGGAGGAAGUGAGGUCACGUUUCUUUGCUCGCUGGCUGUGCUUUGCCUUUUAUUGUUUUGCACUUCUGAGUGUGUGGGGUGUCAUUUCCAGGUCAAACCAGAGCAGCACUACACAGACCUCUGUUCCCCAAAAUGUAGAUUUAGAGUUAGUUUCAUUCGUUUUCAGUCCAUCCUAAGUGUGCUUUUUACUGGUGUGACCGGCCGGGGGGGCUGUUAGAGUUCACUUUUUAAUGUGUGGUGUGUGGCAGUCAAAUUCAUUCACUUAGUUGAGAAAAAUCCUCUUCGUCACAAUACUCCCCCGGAGCGGUCGGGUCCGAGCCGCGUGGAGCUUCCAAAGUCGCAGUAGGGUUGUCAGUCCGCACAAACACACACAAACAGGAAACACACUGACAUGAAACACACAACCAUACUGUAUAUGCUUACCCUGUCUCAGGACUAAAUGAAUCUUCAGCUUUCUCUCACACACACACACACACACACACGCGCCUGUGUGUCCUACCUGAUGCUUUUUUAAGCUGCUUUUGUUCUGUGUUAUAUUGCUAGAUGAAAGCUUUUGCACCACUUUAGAGUUCGUAACAUUGAGUUAAUGCAGCAGUUCUAUUCAACUGUUUUUAAGAAAUGACUUCUACGCUAUAGAUAUAUUAAAGAAAAAGGUAAAAAAAAAAAACUGUAUGGGGGUAUAUAUAUAUUUAUAUAUAUAUAUAUAUACACACACACACACUUGUGUUUCUUUCUGUCGAUCAACGUGAUGAUGUCUAAAGUUGCACAACUGACCCAGCGACUGAUGUUGUGUAAAACGGGACCUUAAGAAACAAAUCUUUCUGUAUUUUCUCUCUCUGUAUCUCCUUCUUUCAAAUAUCAAACCAUCUUGACAAAAUAAAGAUAAG